AUGGUCUCAGAUACUGGUGCUGUUGUUUCCAGACUUGCAGUUACGGUACUUAUCCACGUUCUUUUGAACGCCGCGUUUCCUUCGAGUCGUGUUGUUUCGUUUGUCACUGCAUUGCUGGUUGCUGCAGUGAUCUCCCAAUCCCCGAUGUUUUUACGAUGGAGACAGCGACUGGCCUCAAUGGCCGCCGACCCGGGAACCAGCUCGCAAUUGAGCUCUCGGCUGCAGUUGACGUCUGCGUUGAACGAAAUGAGACAGUACUUGGCGCGGGCAAAGGCGUCCAACGACAAGAAACGUCAGCUCUUCAAAACCAUGUCCUGGAGACAGCAGAAGAUCGUGGCCGAGACAGGCUACUCGGCCAAGAUCAAAACGGCCGACGCGUUGGUAGCAGAGAACUACAAGGUGUUACAGAAGACCAUUGCCCAGGCGGUGGAUAAAUACGACGUGUCGAGGUUCGAACUCAACUCAGCGGUAGCCAACGCCCGCCACCACCCCAACUCGAGCCAUCACCGAGUCGUCGAGGCAUUGUGCCAUUUUGCCCGCGACUGGUCGCCUGCGUACGAUAAGGAGGUCCAGCCGAUUCUACAAUACAUAACCAGCCAGCUGAAGACACUUGAUCUGAAACAAACAACCGUGGUGGUGCCCGGAUCUGGUCUUGGUCGCGUGGCCCAUGAACUGGCUCUGCUGGGCCCACAACAUGUUGUUGCCGUGGAAUACUCUUGGUACAUGCUGCUACUCAACGAGUUUGUCUACUCAGACAACAAAGAUAGCUACAAAAUCUAUCCCUACACCCCGGCCAAUCUGCCCGCUAGCCCGCAUCACAUGGCCAUAGUCACGUGCUUCUUCAUUGACACGGCAGAGAACCUGAUGGACUACUUUGACGCGAUUGGGCGGCUCGCGGACGCGGCCACGGGCGACGUGCUGUGGAUCAACGUGGGCCCGCUCAAGUACGGCACGGCAGCCAAAGCAGAGCUCAACUACGAAGAGAUCAAAAAGCUCCGGGACCUGUGCGGCUGGCAGCUCGUAAACGAACGGCCCGAGCCUGAGAUUUUAGGUUAUCUCACUGACACUCUGGGUCUGUGGCAAGGAUACUACGGCGUCACCAUGUGGACUUGCAAACGCAGACGCGAAGAGUGA